ACGUGAUAUCCAAAGAGGGCUAAAAAUAACGAGAGUUUCACACUGAACAGUCGCAGUUGUAGCGUAGCUCCCGUACGAAGAACGGCUAUCGUCAGUAAUUUCACGUUCGCUGAAUACGUUUACAAUCUGUGUUUUACUACCAAACUCAAAGCUCGAUGUAUAAGUCCACGUCGGAGAUGAUGGAGCAGACGGAGUUGAAGCCUAACAUCAGUGUAUCUUCGAUGUCCAGCCCCACACAGUCCCUCAGCCAGGGGCAUCACGGCCCACCUGGUACUCCCAUCAUGGUGGGCACACCCAACACCCCAAACAGUGGCGGUAAGAACACUCCUAAUGACCGAGUCAAGCGGCCUAUGAACGCCUUCAUGGUGUGGUCUCGGGGCCAACGUCGUAAGAUGGCCCAGGACAACCCCAAGAUGCACAACUCCGAAAUCAGCAAGCGACUUGGCGCCGAAUGGAAGUUGCUGUCGGACGAAGAGAAACGACCAUUCAUCGAUGAGGCCAAGCGUCUGCGGGCAGUCCACAUGAAGGAGCAUCCCGACUACAAGUACCGGCCACGCCGCAAGACGAAGACCCUGAUGAAGAAAGAGAAGUACGCCCUACCAGGCAUGAUUUCACCGGGACAAGGACCACCAGGUAUGCAGAGACAAGUACCUGAAGGUAUGCAGGGUUACCACCAUUUGAAUGGUUACAUGAAUGGUGGAUAUCCUAUGAUGCAGCAUGAACAGCUGCAACAUUUGCAGGCCCACAGCUUCAGCGGCUCACAAAUGGCCGGUAACACAGGACUCCAUCCCCGCUACGACAUGGCGGGACAGAUCGCCUACCCACCCAUGACAUGCGCUCCAGGGUCGGCCUACCUGAAUUCCGCCAGUUACACCACACCUUACGCCUCCCAUGUCCAAAUGCAACAGCCCUCGUCCAAGGCAGAGCAAGUGUCAGACCGGGCAGCUGCCGUGGCUGCUGCACGAAACAUGCCCGGUGAUUCGUUGAAAGAGAUGAUCAGCAUGUACCUGCCAGGAACUGACUCUAACGACCCAAACACACAGAGACAACACGCAGCGGCCAUGCAGGCAGCUUACCAUCAGAGUGUGGCCGGUGCCAACGGGACAGUCCCAUUAACACACAUGUAAGACACAAACAUUUUUUGUGAUACUAGUAUAGUGAACGGGCACUAUAAACGCCAUUUUAAGACACUAGAACUUUGGACUUGAGUUGCCUUUACCGAUUUCCACGCGGACAAUGUGGUCGGGUUGGCAGGUUUUGGGAGUCUUCCCGCGCUGUAUAUUUUGUAACAUUUUUGAGUACACGGGGUCAAGUUAAACCCGCAGACGUGUGUUAUUUUAUACAUAAAAUGCUAACACAAGAGUUUACACCCUAAAAAUGCUGUACCUUGAUUUAAUUUAUCUUGGAUUGUUCAGUUUUUAAGCUCGGCUUUGCAAAGUUCUGUGUAAAUUUCGGCAACCAUUUUAGUAUUUCAGUUUGAAGCGAGUGUUCUUUAGUAACUAGAGUGGCUAUAUUUUCACCUACGCAAAGUUGGUUUGUUAAAUGGCCGUGCUAAGUUUGGAAUUGUGAUAGUGGAUUGUAAAGUUUGUUAAAAAUGUCAUCUUCUGAAUGCCUACAAAAAUUCAAACUAAUGGUUUUGCCAUUUAUUUUUUGUUAACUUUGUAUAACUGUUUGAAUUGAAUUUGAGGGCAUUGGCCCCAAAGAUAACCAUAUUUUUUUGUAUAUAUUUGCACAGUUGUAAUUUAGACUUUGUUUGCCUUCACUGAGACUCAGUCUUGCACAAAAAAUGUGAAAUGACUGACCCACAUUAAAAUAAUUAUUUUUACUUCAAGCUGUACAGAAAUAACCAGACAUUGCUUGUUUUGCCACACUGGGAAAUCCCCCGACCGCCAAACUUUAAGCCUUAAGAUUUCGUUUCAAUGUCUCACUCGUAUGUAUUGAAAGCAGAAGAAUUGCUUUUAUGCCGUCUAUUCAACGCAACGUUGGGCAUCCCCGUGCGGUUGAAUUGUAAAUGCUAGACUGGCCCAUUGAUAUUUAUCCACACUAAAUAUUGUUUCAUCAUGGAGGACCUAUGGACUGUAGGGGACAAUGGCGCGCUUUUUUGCCUUCACAAUGGCGGAGUGACAAUGGAAACAAUGCAGUAUUUGGACGAGGGAACCCCUCGCCUUGUUAGUAGCCACUUCGCUUGGGUUCGCGCUCAGAGUACACAUUUUUUUUCAUGAUUUGGCUUUGGAUAAGCGCUGUCAUGUGGUUUAUAGUUAAAUGCAACUAACGAGGUGGAUGGUUUCCGAUUUUAAACGGUGCUUCGCAUUUUCAGCGGUGCAUUAUAAAACAAAUUAUUUGAAUUAGUUUAUAGUUGUGUUAUAUACUUUGGGUGGUUUAUUUGGAGGUUUUACCUAUCAUGUUGCUUUUUAAUUGUGACACAUCAUCACUUGAGUCAUAAACUGAAAGUUAUAGCUAGUUAGAUAAUUCUUGUAUUUCCAUGUUACUAACGAUUUUCAAUUGCGCUCUGUCAAAUUUCAUUUCAAAUUUGAUGACUUCUGUUUGUCUUAAGGAAAUAAACGGGCUGAAUGCCAUUUGUAAUGUCAGGGUAAAAUCAA